AUGACUUCGCAGGAUACCAUCACCACAAGUCCAGACACAGAAGACCGGUGGUGGCUGCCAGGGCCACCUCCCAGCCGACGUUUGAUCUCAAUAGAGGCAGUUGAGCUGUCGAGUCGCACCGACGAGCUCAUAGACCAACCACAAGUCCCAAUCCGUCAAGUUGAUCUCUGGUCGACCCAUAAUUGUAUAACACCAACACUGCAGCCGUACUUCGAGAAGCAGUGCAUAGGGACAGGUACCAGCGGCAGUCUUGCACCAUCUCCGAAACAACAACUUGAGUCAAUACUGGAAGCAGGAUCUACAAUCCACCCCAUUCCUGGGGAGAAGCUUUACCUCUUCCACUGUUGUGCCAACAAAGCAACCCCUGCAGUCCUAGAAUCCUUUGUCCGCAGAGGCCCAUCAAUUCGCUUUGCAAGACCAAAUGGGUACUUCUCGCGUACUCCGGCCGUGUAUUGGACGAACUCACUUGAUUUCGCAUUUGCGUGGGGUGUCUUUACAGCGACGGGGAAGUGGACGACUUUACACCGGGAUGAGCACUUUGAAUGUAUCAUCUAUGUAUCCGAAGUUAACCUUGCGGAGAUUUCGACACCGAAUGGGAUGUAUCUGAUGGCUGUGCCGGAGGGUGCGGAGAGAGAGAAGAUACUGGUGAAUGUACGAGAACCUAAGGUGAUCAACCUUCUCCCUGCGGCAAACCUACUACGAAGUUGUUCAUUUUUCCCAUGUGUUGCUUUUGCAUUCUAUUAA